AUGGCUGACACCGAAGCUACCAAGCCCACUGUCGAUGCUGCCGAGCAGGCAGGAUCCGGCGCCGCCGCUGCUGAAGAGACCGAGAACGACCCGCACUUUGAGCCCGUCAUCAAGCUCGAGAACCAGGUCGAGGUCAAGACCCACGAGGAAGACGAAGAGGUCACAUUCAAGAUGCGCGCCAAGCUCUUCCGAUUCGACAAGGACGCCAAGGAGUGGAAGGAGCGCGGCACCGGUGACGUCCGACUGCUCGCACACAAGCAAACGCACAAGGUUCGUCUCGUCAUGCGCCGAGACAAGACGCUCAAGGUCUGCGCCAACCACUACGUCACCAGCGACAUGAAGCUUAGCCCCAACGUCGGCUCCGACCGCUCGUGGGUCUACAACGUCGCCGCCGAUGUCGCUGAUGGUGAGCCCACUGCUGAGACUCUGGCAAUCCGCUUUGCUAACUCUGAAAACGCAAAUGGGUUCAAGGAAGCUUUCGAGCAGGCUCAGAAGAAGAACGCUGGUGGAAGCAAGACUGAGGCGCCAGCACCGGUGAAGGACGAGGAGAAGCCUGCGGCACAGGAGAAGAAGGAGGAGGAGAAGAAGGAAGAGGAGGCCAAGAAGGAGUAA